AAAGGCAAAUCAAGGGUAUGACGCUCUUUUGGAGGCCAAUAUGCUAGAACAUUGAAGACAAAGAUAUCCAGCACAAUUUCCAACAUCUGAGCUUUUUUUUUUCUAAGAAAAGUAAUAUUGGCUCUAGAUGCAGCCGUUUUGAUCUGGCUUGGUUCUUGUCCGUUUGCUGUCAUGUUGGGGCCCCCAACGAAUGUUGAGAUGCUGCCUCCUUCCACUGCCUCCCCGCUAAGCGAUUGUGGUAACUGCUUGCUGAUCAUGGUAAGCCUGGCGACCGUCGCAGCUGUGUUCAUCGUGGUCUCAGCUGUCCUCUGUGAACGGGUUUUCCGGGGGUCCCUGCCCCAGGAAACAGGAGCUGUGCCGACUGUGUGGAGGCAAGGAGGGACACUGUGGAUUGAGCCCCACCACAAUAAUAGACAACCAGAUGUCCUCUCAAGGCCGUCAGCUACCGUCCCACUUUGGAUUCAGCGUUCGAAUGAUUGGUUUCUGGAUGUUUCUCCUGCAGGACCCGACAGCUACAGUUCCACUGAGGACCUCCAGAGAGAGACCGCCAGCCCCAGCAGCACUAGCCCUCUCUGGAGCCACAGCGAGCAAUCCUGGGCAAUCCAGCCGCACGUAACUCUACCAGACAUCAAUAAUUUCUUCCGAAAGAAUAGCCAUGUUACCUGUAGUUCUCAGCACUUGGUUUAAUUGAGGGACAUCUAGGGCAAAAAGGCCCCGAUCUUCUUCUCUCUUGAGUCCAAGGCUCAAAAGUCUUAGAGUAGCUUACCUGAUGGCUGAUCAGCUAUAUCUUCUACUUCAAAACAUACCCCAAAAAUGCUUUGGUAUGAAAACAAACUUUGUUCCACGAGACUCCCCUACUUAGGAGCAAGGGAAGAGAAUGGAAAAUGGGUCUUGAAAAAGUUCUAGAUCAUUGUUGAAUUUAUGUUUACCCACAAAGAAAUAAAAGGGGGAUUAGUAUAGAUC